AUGAAAUUCGAUACUUUUCUCGCUACAAUUAAUGACUGGGGACGAUUUCAAAAAGUGAAGUAUACAUUUAUUUGUUUGACAUAUAUGCUACCACCAAUAAUGGUCUAUACAUAUACAUUUACGGGUGCAGUGCCAAACCAUCGAUGUAAAAAUCCUGACUCGAUAGAUAGAGAUACAUAUAAUAAUGAAUCAAAUAUUUUGUACAAUUCAAUGUAUAAACCAACAAAGGAGCAAUGCACAGGUUUAAAUACAAUAUUAUCAGUCAGUGACUGUCAACGUUGUUAUAUUCAAUCGAAAUCUAAUAAUCAAAAUUCUGUGGAUGUACAAUUGCAUAAAUGUCAAAGCUUUGUUUAUGACAAAAAAUAUUAUAAGACAACAUUAACAGAAGAUUGGUCAAUGGUUUGUGAUCGCAUUGACUUUCGAUCAGCAGUGCAAAUGAUAUUUUUCGCUGGCUAUAUGGUCGGCUCAAUAGUCUUUGGCGUGUUGGCUGAUAAAUAUGGUCGUCGUCCUAUAAUGAGUUUCAGUUUUAUUUUAAUGAGUGUAUCAGGAUUUGUAUGUGCAUUUGGCCCUCAACCAACAUUUGGCUUUUGGCCAUCAUAUAUCAUAUUUGUGGUUGCACGAUUUUUACUUGCUUGUUCAACGCGAGGAAUUUCGGUAUCAGGUUUUGUGCUUGGAUCAGAACUCGUUGGACCAAGUAAACGUUUGCUAACUGGAAUUGUCAUUGAAUAUUUUUUUGCAUUCGGACAAUUCUUUCUUGUAUUGUUCGCAUAUAAUAUUCGUACAUGGAGAUUUUUAACAGGAGCGAUAUCGUUGUUUACAGUACCAUUUAUAUUCUUCUAUUUCAUCUUACCAGAAAGUCCACGCUGGCUGAUUAGUGACGGGCAGUUUGAUAAAGCUGAAGCAAUUUUACGUGGUAUUGCUAAGACUAAUAAGCGCCCAUUUGAUCAAGAUGCUUAUGAACAAGUUAAAGAAGAACAAAAAGUGAGCAUGAUGGAUAAGCAUAAUCAAGAAGGUAUAUUAGGUUUAUUCAAAUCCAAAAUUAUGUUUUUGAUUAGUAUGAAUCUAUUUUUUCAAUGGCUCGUACAAAAUUUAGUUUUUUAUGGAGUCUCACAAAGUACAGGUUCAUGGGGUGCAGAUCCAUAUCUAUCGUUUACGAUUAGCGCAAUAGUUGAAUUACUCGCAUAUAUCGGUGUACAUGCCAUACUUGAUCGUGUUGGUCGUAAAUUACCUUACUGUUUAUUUGCUAUACUCUUUGGCUUAGUUGCUUUAGCAGUUUUACCGAUACAAAAAUACAUGAACGACGAUAGUUCUGCUAAAACGAUAUUGAUGUAUACAAUACAAGUUUCAUUAAAAUUUUUCGCAUCAGCAUCAUAUGCUAUUAUAUAUAUUUAUGCAAAUGAACUUUUCCCAACAAAUGUACGCAAUACAGGCAUGGGUAUUUGUUCAAUGAUAGCACGUGUUGGAGCUAUUAUUGGAACCUAUUGCAAUGAUUCAUUAACUCGUAUCUGGAUAAGUCUACCGGUGCUUCUUUAUGGUAUUGUUUCACUAAUAGCUGCAGUAUUAGCUUUAAUGUUUCCUGAAACAUUAAAUAAACCAUUGCCACAGACAGUUGCGGAAGCUGAAAAAAUGUCAAUGAUUCGUAUUCGAAUUGGAAAACCUCGAAGUACAAAUACCGAUGGCACUGAACGUGAAGAUCAAUCAUUAGCAGGAAAUAAUGAAGAUAGUACACUCAAAGAUUUAUUGCAAGGAGAUAAUAUAGAUGAUCGUCAUUUAUAA